AUGCAGCAAGCGAAACAAGCCCCCAUCACAAAGCUUUUAACAACCAAUUUAAAGGCGAUAUAUCUCUUCUGCCAUGACAAGAAACAAGGCCAACAACCACCCAAAGUGCGUACUCGAGUAGAUAAAGAUGGACAUUUAUUAUGGCGAGUUGGAGAGAUGUUAAUGGACCGGUACUUAUUAGUGAAAGGGUUAGGCAAAGGGUCUUUUGGCCAAGUUAUUCAAGCGAAAGACACGGUGCGCAAUCAAGAUGUAGCUCUCAAAAUUAUUCGGAAAGAAAAGAACUUCUAUGAACAAGCCAAAUUAGAGGUCCAAAUCCUCUAUCACUUAAAUACAAAUGAUCCGACUGAUAAAUACAAAAUAGUCCGUUUACUCGACACCUUUAAUUUGGGUGGACAUUUCUGUAUGGUUUUUGAACUCCUUUCAUUCAAUUUAUAUGACUUACUGAUGAAAAAGAAUGCGUCUCUUGGACUCACUUUAGUCAAACGAUUUGCUUUCGACAUAUUAAGGUCGUUGUACUACUUACAAAUGGACUCAAUUCGAGUCAUCCACUGCGACUUGAAACCAGAGAAUAUCGUCUUGAUCUCCCCCGACCAAGCAGAUAUCAAAUUGAUCGACUUCGGUAGCUCUUGUACCCCAUCCACACACAUGUAUAAAUACAUUCAAUCGAGGUAUUACCGUUCACCAGAAGUCGUUAUGGGAUUGAACUAUAGUCAUCCCAUCGAUAUGUGGUCGCUGGGUUGCAUACUCCCAGAACUUUUAACUACUGAACCCCUUUUCCCUGCUCGGUCUGAAGUCGAAUUACUUGUGAUGAUGAGUGCCAUGCUUGGAAUGCCACCAAAUGACAUGAUCAAAGAAAGUCACAGAGCUCGAAAAUUAUUCAUCCCACACGAAACUGAUGACGGAUUUGACUUCCACACUACACUCCAACCACUUUACUUGAAAAAGAAAAAACUCUCCAACAUCAUUGGAGUCGAUAUGGGCGGUCCACUUACUCGAGUCCCCGGCGACAAAAUGCCCAGAGACGAUUUGGAAAAGUUCUGUGACUUGGUGACAAAAAUGCUAGCUAUGGACCCUGCAAAAAGAAUUACACCACUCGACGCUUUGGCCCAUCCAUUCUUCCAAGGAAGGAUGAAUAAAGAGGUUUCACCUAUCGUAGAAGAGAAAAAGAUACCAAUGGAGGAAGAAGAAGACAGACCAGGGACUAGAUAG